AUGAAUUAACAAAAGCCACCUUCAACCUCUACAAAAAAGGUAGAUUAAUCAGUAUCAACUAUAACUAAAAAAUCAUAAUCAGCAUCAAGAAAAGAUUCAUCCUUUUAAUAAGCAGCUGUUAGAUAAGUUUUAGUAGGUGGAUAACCAGGAGUAAUAUAAAAUAUUUAUUUUUUUAAAGGAUGGUUUAUGGUGUUAUGCUUAAGAUUAGCCUUCUCCUAAUUUAGCUACAAUAAAAGAGAUUAAUACCUAAAUGAAUUAAAAAUUUAAACAAAUUGAAUCUAAUAUAGAAUCAGAAAUAGUUGAAACUUUAAGAUAAUAAUGUCAUUAAUUAGGAAUGGAACUUGAAACUGUGAAUGUUUAGAAUUCAAAUUUAAGAAUAGAUAUAGCUUAAUAGAAUAAAUAUAUAGAUUAAUAAAAUAAAAAGCUUGAAACAGCAAUCAAAGAAAUUGAAAAUUUAAGAAAUGUUAAAGCAUCUCUAUAAUCUCAAUGUGAUACAAUUAAAGAUUUAUAUAAUAAAACUAAAAGAGAAUUAGGAGGAGUAAAUUAGGAUUUAGAGUAAGAAAAAAAGGAAAAUGAAGAAAUGACUUAAUAAAUUUCUAAAUUAUAAGCAUUAUAUUAAGAAAUGUAGAAAGCAAAUAAAAUAUAAGUUGAUAAUCUAAAAGAAAAACUUGAAGAAAUUGAAGAAGAAAAUGAGGAAUUUAAAAGAAAAUUUUAAAUGAAGGGUGAAAUAGAUAAAAGAUUAGAUUAAGAAAGUAUGGAAUGAUUUUUAAUAGGAAUUAUCAAUUAACAUUAAUAAAAAUAAAACUAACUCUCAGAUAAUGAGAGAAAAUUAGAGAAAAUGGGUAAACUUUUAGAAGAAAAUGCUACACUAAGUGAAAGAUUAACAGAAAGUGAAACAUUAAGGAGAAGAUUUAUGGAAAAGAAUAAUCAAUAUGAAAAAGAAAUUAAAAUUGUAAACUACCAUUCAUUAUAUUUUUAAAGCUUGUUGAAAGUAAGUUAGAAGUAGAAAAGUAAAUGGUAGCACUUAAAAAAAGAGUUAAUGAUUUGUAAAUAAUGAAAUCAACAAAUUAAAAAAUAUUGGAAGAUAAAAUUAAUAAAUUAUAAGAAUAAUGCACAUCAUAAUAAUAAUAAAUAGAAAAAUUAACUUAAUAAUUAAAAAGAAACAAAAAAUAAUAAAUUAAUCAUUAAAAUGAAGAAGAGGAGACAUCUGAAUAUGAAGAUGUUGAAUCUAAACCAUAACUUUUUGGUGCUUGA